UCUUUUUAGGUUAUAAUUUCAGAAUUCAUUCAGUUUCAGAAUGUCUUCAAGCGAAAAGUUAAAAAAUAAGUUACAUAGUGCAUUAAAACUUAGCGGUUUUAGUGUCAGACGCGAAUUUUGUGCAUUAAUAAUUGACAAGUGUUCGAGAGAAGGGGUUGAAUUAGACAAAGAUUCAACUUUUAACAACAUUGUUAAGGAUAUAUGCAAUAGUUUGGAAACGCAGUGCCUAUCAGAUAGGAGUAUUGAAAGGGAACAUAUAGAUCGUGCAAUUGAAGUUUGCUUACAUUCAGGAUAUGAUCGUCAUGAAACAGUGUUUAAUGUAAUAAAUGCCUUUGACUUUCCUAAACUUAAAUACAAUCCAGACAGAAAAAUGUAUUUUAUCGAUAACGCUAAAUCAAAAAUGUUGGCCAGUGCAGAUGUAAAAGCAAAAAUGUUUUUAGAGAGAUAUUCUACAAUCCUGCAAAGAACAAAAAGAAAUUUUUUACACAAAAUCUCGGACAGUGGAAGGGACCAGUUAAAAUUACAGACUGUUGAUUAUUUAUUAACAUUGUCUUAUGUUACUUUAGACCGUACUCUAAUAUUAGGCUCUAUACUGCAAGUAACUGAAGGAAAAUAUUAUUUAGAAGACCCAACUGGUAUAGUCCAACUAGAUUUAACCCAUGCUAAGUACCAUGGAGGAUUUUUUGUCGAAAAUAUUUUUGUACUUGUUAAUGGUUAUUAUGAGGAUAAGAUUUUACAUGUAUCAACAAUAGUUUUACCUCCUGGAGAAGAAUAUAAAGAUUCAAGACAUUCUUUCGGAAACAUAAACUAUUUUGGUGGCUUAUCGAGUGUCCCACUGAAGGAUUCUCAGAGAUUGAAAGAGCACCUAAUCAGGAAUAAAAGUGAAAUGAUUAUGUUUUUUUCUGAUGUAUGGUUUGACCACCCUUUGAUAUUUGAAAAAUUAGAGUAUCUGUUUGAGGGAAUACAGGCUUCCCCACCGAUAGCCUUCGUUUUUAUGGGAAAUUUCAUGUCGGAAUCACAUGGUAGUGAAGUGAUGGAUACUUUAAAAAAAUUAUUCAAAAAAUUAGCAGAGAUGAUAUCGAAAUUUCCAAAUAUCGUUAAUGUAAGUCAGUUUGUCUUUGUACCAGGUUUGAUUGAUCCAUGUACACCUCAUCUUGUACCAAGAUUACCAUUGCCUAAGUACGUAACUAGUGACUUUAGUAAGAUGGUACCAAAAUCCAUAUUUGCUACAAACCCGUGUAGAUUACAAUAUUGCACAAAAGAGAUAGUAUUAUUCAGAGCAGAUAUUGUACCUAAAUUACUACAAGCAACUUUGUACAAACCCGCGAAAGAUGAAAUAGCUGACUGUGUUGUAAGGACUGUGAUCAAUCAAGGACAUCUAAGUCCUUUAUCUUUAAAUUCUCUGACUGUCCAUUGGGAUUUUGACUACUGCUUAAGAUUAUAUCCCCUGCCAGAUCUAAUCGUUAUUGGUGACAAAUCCGAGGCUUAUCAAGGAAAACAUAAAGGAUGUCAUGUUGUUAAUCCUGGAUCUUUCUGUGAGAGUGGUUUUCAAUUUAAAUCAUACACACCUUUUACGGAUUCAUUGGAUGAUUGUGAAUUGUAAUUUAUACUUUUAUACGUUUAAAUAAAACUAACAGGAUUUAUAUUUUUUUGAUAGGACCAGUAUAUAUUCACAAAAAUAACUUUAAGAAGCAGCGCCUUCAGUUAAAUGCAGUCAUCAGAAGUAAUUCUGAAUCCAAUUGGACUAUUAAAUUCACUUAACCAACCUAGUUUAUCGGAAAACUCACUUGGCGAUAUAAAUAUUACGGUUGAAGUGAAUACAGUUCCACUUACAAAAGAUUGCUGGAUAUGUUACGAUAGAGAUAAAAAAGAUGCACUCAUCGAACCAUGCCUUUGUAAAGGAGAUGUAUCCAGCGUUCAUCACCAGUGCCUUACAAGGUGGUUAAUGCAGGAUGCGACCAAGAAUAAAAUUGCAAGAUGUGAGAUUUGCAAAUGUGAAUACAACAUAUGUAGCGGCGGCAAAGUAAAAUGGAAAAAUGGAUUCACAGUAAAUCAACGGAGUAUCAUAGUUAUAGUAGCAACUUGUAUGUGUGUAACUGUAGCAGCAUGUUGGACGUUAAUAUAUUUUUACAAUAAUUCUUAUGUGCAAAUACUCGGCGCUACUAUCGGUUUUCUUGCAAUAUUUGUUGGUUUCAGGUAAGCUUCAGGGAAAUUGUGUAGCUGUUUAUCAAAUGUUUAACGAAAAAUAAUUUUUGAAGGAUUUUCUAAAAACAUAGACUCGUAAAAAAGGUUUUUAUUCAAGAACGAUUACAUUAUUAAAUAGGGAAAUAAAUGACCCUUUGUUAUAACAAAUUUUACAUUUGGUAGAUAAUAUAAGAAAGUCUUAAUUUUACUCGUAACUCAUAGUCAUGUUCUUAUAACUUACAAAAAAAAAAAAA